UUUGGAGUGCUGGAUAAUUUCGCAGAAUGCAAAAAUUGUGGUGUUGGUUUCAAUCCUCAGAACAUGUAUACCGUGACCACCUACGGACGUCCUUGUAGCAGACCAGAUAAGUUCAUUGUGUUGAGCGAUCGAAUUCUACCUAAUGAGUAUGUCCCUCGCAUUAAGAAGGAAGUCGUGGAGAUUUGCAGCAAGGCUCGCAACUAUCGCUUUGACAGCAGCAAGUGGAAUGAGCUGGAGAAGGCAAGUCGCGAACUGAAAGGAAGUUCUGCUGAAUUUGAAAAGCUGAGAGAGAUCAGACAAAUGGUAAGUUCUUUCGAUUCACGCAUUUCGAUCUAA